AUCUCUCUCACUCUUCUCUCUCACUCUCUGUCUCUCUCUGUCUCGGUCAGAGUCUCACGCACGCACACGUGCGCACUUCGUUGCCAGGAUGAAACCGUCGGCACUCGGCGCCGCGCUCACCUGCGCCUGCCUCUUGUUGUCGUCCGUCUGGGGCAAUGCCAUCAACUACGUCGACGAAGGCUGCGAGUGCGCCGCCAAGCCGUCCCCCUCGCUCGUGCGCUGGGACAAGCUCUUCAUCAUGCUCGAGAAGUCUCAGAAGAGGGAGGCCAUGAUGCUUGAGGCUAUGGAGAACAUGAUCCGCAGCGAGAUGCAGAACGUGCAAGCGGUGAUGGAGGAGUCCAAGCACGAAACGGCGCAGCGUCUCGACAGGACCCUGAGAGACGCCUCGCGCGAGUUCCUGAGCCACAUCGACAUCAAGUUGCAGAGCGAGACGAACGGCAAGUUUGACAAGAUCGAGCGCCUGCUGGGCAAGCUGGUGACCGACGUGCAGGCAAUCUCCCUGGAGCUGCUGCGCAUCACGCAGGAGUCUUCCACCGAGAGCCCCGCCGCCCACGACCCGCCGCGCAUCCCUCCGCCCAGCCACAUCGCCCAGACGCUCGGCGUCAACAACCUCGCGCUGUCCGAAGAGCGGGUGAUGUGGAGCCUGGCGCUCUUUCCUCCUCCAGGCUGCUUCAUGACGCUGCACUUCCCCAUGCGCUCGCGCACCAUCGCCGUGGGCGUGGACCCCGGGGUGCGCGCGGAGCUGCGUGCCGUCACCCUCUGCCUGUGGGCGCGCCCCUCGGAGCCCCUCUCCAAGACGGUGCUGGCGAGCUACGGCGACAAGAGCUCCCCGCGCCUCCUGCAGCUCUACCUGAGCGGCGACCGCGCCGUCUUCUCCGUGGCGGGCGACGACGCGGCGGAGGGGGGCGGCCGCGCCGAGGCGGCCGGCGCGGUCAACCGCGACGCGUGGGCGCACUACUGCGGCGCCUGGGAGUCCGAGUCGGGCGACCUCACGCUGUGGGUGAACGGGCAGCUGACGGCGCACAACGGCUCGCCCGUCGCGCGGGGCUUCGUCGUGCCGCCGGGCGGCGUCCUGCAGCUGGGCCAGGAGAAGAACGGCUGCUGCGCGGGCGGCGGCUUCGACCCCGAGCUGGCGUUCGCCGGCGCCCUCGCCGGCUUCAACGUGUGGGACCACGUGCUCCCGUCGGAGGAGAUCGCCAAGCUCGCCGGAGGUCGGGGUGGCUGCCGGGCGCAGGGCAACGUGGUGGCGUGGGGCGUCUCGGAGCUGCACCCCGUGGGGGGCGCAGUCUUCAACCUCUACUGAGGGCGGGCGCAGGCCGGAGGGCGAUGCCGUGGCGGAGAGAUCCGCGGGCCCGCGACGCGUUUUGUCGUUUUCUCGUUUGUCUGUCUGUGAGAUGGCAAGGAAUUGUCGUCCCCGCCCCCCUUAUUCGCCUGUAAGUUAGUAAAUGAAUAGAUGUUGCCCAAUGUCGCCGGUUGCUCUGCCGGAGAAGUUGCGGAUGUUGAAGCAAUUGCCUUGUUGAAAAAAAGAGGGAUAUUGUCAAAAUGAUGAGGCCGAGUGGCUGGGAUGGGUGUAGGGUGGAGGGGGCGGAGUGCGUAAUGCCCGUUUAGGAGACACAGAGCCAGCGCUGCUAAGUACCUGGGUUUGAAUCCGGCCACCCGCCUGUGAUUAAAUGAAAUUCAUAUAUGCAACGAGCCAAUAAGCAAUGGACUGUUAAAGCAAACAAACAAAAACACGCAAUUGUUCAAAGUUCGUUUUUUGUUUUACUUAAUUAACAAAUGAUAUCUCUCGCAGAGUAAUGUCUUUCUUAGUUUGAGUGUCAAAUAUGAAACAAUGUUCACAGGGCGUGGAGCAGCGCCAGGCGGUGUGAUGAGAGAGGCCUGUCGAGGUGGCUGCAGAAGUAGUAGUUCUGCGAGGGCAACUUCUGGGGGCCCGUUCCCUGAACAAUGUGACGCUCUCUUGAGCAAACGAAGUCCAGAAGGAAGUGUCUUUGUCUGGUGAUGAUAAUGAUGACGCCAAUGUGGGAGUUGUAAUCAUUAUAUUUGGAUGGAAGCAAAUGGAAAAGAAUAAAUAAGCAUCCCUUUCAUACUGUUAAUUCCAGGUUUUGGCAGUUAAUAGUGUCACUUUUUUUCAGAUUUAUGUAAUGGAUUAAUUAAAUAUUAUUUUCGAGGGAAUAUUUAUAUAUAUAACUAAUGUUGACCUUGCUUUUACUUCAAGCACAUGGCAAAUAUAUAUUCAACAGCAAAAAAUAACAAAAACGAAUAACGACACGGAGGCUUUUGGGUCCGUAAUAGAUUUGUGUUUCGGGUCAGAACACCGCGCGAGUACAAUGUGUGUCGUACACCCUCCUCCACCCGACAGCAUGACUGGUGCCGCUGAAGCAGUAAUACAUCGGCACAUUUGUUCACGUGCCAACUUUAGUUUACCCUUUUCCGUUCCGAGACGUCUGCAAGUUGCAGGACGUUUGGCCCAUUCCCCUCUGAAUCUCGGAGCCAGCAAGCGGCUCAGCGUUGAUUUUAUUUCGAGAGGCGUAGCGCCGUUGUUGUUAAAGACGCUGAAUUCGCCGCAGAGAACCGCAGAGACACGCCGGCACUCUGCGAUAGCUGGCGCCAAACUGUGCCACACACCCUCACGGGAGCCUCGGUACCAAUACAGUUGUUUAGUUUUUCUUCCGGUUUCGUUUUGAUGAUGUACACAUGUACGUCAUUGGAACGGAAUCGGAAGAGAAAAUUAUUAUGCAAACGUACAUCGUCAGAACGGGAAAGGUUGAAUUGUUUGGUUUGGAUGGAGGUGGUUUACAACACACAUUUAACUCAUGCAAUCUGACCCAAAAAAUAAUCAAUUAUGAAUCUAAUUGUACAGAUGUUUAUGAAUUAUAAAGCAGACCUAAAAAUGAGACCACACUUGACUAUUAUGUGGGGGUUUUGUGGAAAUGUUUCUCAUCCUAAAACAAACCCUUUAACAAGUAAACCCGUAAAAACUAAGUUUUUCACUCUAAAUCCUUUAUAUGCGUGGCGGCUAGAGUCCUCUCGUCCUCUGGCUUGAGAUGGCUGCAAUCUAUGGGUCAGAUGAUUGUCUGCCAGUAUUAAGCAAUUGGUAAUUAAAUAUUUAAUUUGUUUUCCCUAAACAGUGUAAAAUUUUGGAAAAAAAUUUUCACGAACAUUAAUUGUCACACACAACGAGUCUGUGUGGAAAUGUCAGCUCGAUUGGAUCACAGGAAGUGGGUUAAAAAACGACUAAAAGAUUUGCACGGUCGUAAGCAAGCAAGCACGCAAGCAAGCACGCGAACUUAAUAUAAAGGAUUAAAAAAUAAGUCCAUAUUUCCUGUCUUAAUAUUUUGUAUCCAAUAUUUGUUUUUAUCUCUUUCGUUUUAAAUUGAAAUAUUUGCUCAACUUCUUUCAAAAUAUAAUACGGUACUUUUACCAACCUCCCUUUCGCUGUAAUUAAUAAAGAAAAAAGUGGAUGCAAAGGAGACUUUGGAUUUUACGUCUAUACAUUGUAAGUGUAUAUUUUCAACGGUAACAUAUUGUAGAGGCCAUGAUGUCAUAAAUAAGGUUCUGCAAUGGAAAGUAUACAUCUAUAUGCAUGACUACAUGACUUGUUUCUAUAAACUAGGAAUUUUACUUCGAAAUAAUAUGAUUAAAGCCACAGGUGUGUACAUGAGAGAUGGCUGAAAAAAAUUUAUUUUAUUAAAGGAGUUGUACUUUGUAUCUUUAACGAAAAUCCAGAAGCCCAAUUUGACAGAUAAUGAAUGUCUGGAACAAAGUAUAUGACUGUUCGUUAAAGCAAUUUAUUUGUAAAAUGUUUCUUUUAUAAUUUACAUUGAUAUAUGCUUUAACAGCCAAAAGUAUGUUUGUAAACUGAAAAAACACAGCAAUUAGCAGAAACACUUCCAAAGUAAUAUAUAGCCGUAACGAGCUAAAUUCAAACGGCCAUGGCAUCGGCAUUUAAUGCACUGAAAGCAAACUUAUUUACUAUUCUUAUAACUUCUAUUUUAUCUUUCUGACUUUAUGUAAUUUUAACAGAAGAAAGGGACGUGAAAAUAUAUUUUUGUUCAAUUAAAAAAAACAUUGUAAGACUAAAAAACGCUGCCUCCUAUCGCCAUGGUGUUAUUUUUAGAGGGAAGGCCUCGCCUGAUUAAUUACGGCUGAACACACACGUUGAUUAUUUCUCAAGGGAACCGCAAGCAUUCAUUUAAGCCCAUGAAGUUACGUAAUUCACUAACACUUACAUUGAAAUUCUUGGUUCUUUCGGUAAAGUCACGUAGAAUGGAAAUAAUAAAAUAAUAAAAAUAAAACAUAAUUAAAUAAUUCUCACGACGUUUCCGCCACAACGCAAGCAGCAGUCUUCUCGACAGACCUGUUCUCAACCUGAGGACGGCUGCUUGCGUUGUGGCCGAAACGUCGUGAGAAUUAUUUAAUUAUGUUUUAUUUUUAUUAUUUUGUUAUUUCCAUUCUACGUGACUUUACCGAAAGAACCAAGAAGAUGAAUCCCUGCAGUCACGAAAGCUUUAAAUCGAAACUUACAUUGAAAUUCUGAGAAUAGAAUGAGCACCUCACGGUGUGUUCGAUUCAAACACCAAUUAUAUAUGUAAAACAAUCAAGACACCCAGAGAGACCAUGAGCAAACAUUAUCAUUUUUGCUUUCGAUACCUAUGUGACUCUAGCAAGAAGAGAUGAUUUAGGCCUUCAUACAGGCACAUAAAUGUCUACUUUAAAAAUACUACUUUUUGAGACCACUUCUUAGGAGAAUGCCAAUGCUUUAAUCAUGUCCUACAGAUUGCUAGCUAACAAGUUAUCGAAGACGGCGGUGAGUGUUGCAUAGGUUCAGCCAGCUUAUCGAACUCAACGUCAAGUAAACAUUUCCAUCAGGGUGACAUUAAACACGGUGCUGACUUAGCAAUCACAUACCAAGUACACUCCUGAAUGCCGACGUAUCACCAGACGAGCUACGAAGACAAAAACUGCCUCUUUCUAACUUACAUUGGCUGUUGGUGAGCACUUGCUGUUGGUGAGCACGUAAUUAAGAGGGUGAUGUGGCCAGUAACCACAGCCGGGCCACCUUUGUCUCCCCAGUGAUGUUUAUUUUUUGCCAGGUACUCACGAUAAUAAAGUGGACACCUAAAUGCAGGCACACGAGCAUAAAUGGCACACACGCACACACUCAAAUGUGUAUGCUCACGAAAGCAUUCAACUGCAUGAGUACGUACGUGGUUCACGUGUGAAACAAGUCCCACUUAUCAGUCCUCCCUACUCUACUUGGCACCUCUGAUUAGCACGGGUGGCUACGUACGGUGCAAAAGAAAUUCAACGUACGAACAACAUACAUUAGCAACAGUCCCACACAUUGGUGACAGUGCCGCUCAUUACGGUAUCAACAACAUAACUGUCUUUGUUCGUCUAACUUAACCCGAUAUAAAUGCAAAAAUGUAUGACAAUAUAAACAAUUGUGUUUUUUAAAAAGACUAUAUUUUAAAGCAGAAGGUGUUAAAGCGGACAUUUUCGACACUCGGGAGUUAUAAUUCCUGAGAGAGAAGUUAUUCUUGUAUAUUUUUCUUUUCCGCGUACAUUUUUUUUCAACUCGAUGUUGAUCCCUUCCGCGAUGUGGCGUGUUCAUACAAGUGACGCUGUGUUGGGGGUGAAUGCGAAAAUCGUUCGGUAUGGUGUCAGUAAUACACGUGUCACCUGCAAUCAUACCUCUGCUCAGCUGCUUUCUUCGCCUGAAUACAUUGCUUUAGUACAGAGGCUAAGGUGCGUUACGUUUUAACAAUUAUAAAAUAUGUAGACAUCUUUCUAAGUGGUAUUCAAUUGCAAAAGCCCACUCCGUGCUUUGCAAGUAUUUACUGUUUUUAAACUUAACAUGUUAUGGUUGUUGUUGUUGUUCAUCGUAGGGUUGGAUACGAGUUACAAUUGUUAGUCUUGCAUGGUGAUUUGUUUUAGUCACCGAGGUAUAGACCUCUUUGGAAUGUAUUGUUUGAGGAAAUGUCCGUACCUAAUGCACACUCUGUGUCCCAUAGCUUUAUUAAAUUAAGUAGAAUGAA